UCCGCCUCACCACUUCCGGUUUCCGCCUCAGCGGCGGAGCGGGCGCUGAGGGAGGCGCGGGCCCAAAACCUCCUCAGGACCCCCCAAAAAACCUCCCGAAACCCCCCGGAAUUUACAUUUUUUUGUUGUUUUAGGAGCUUUAGGAGCUCUUUUCGCUGCCAUGACGCGGCACGGCAAGAACUGCACGGCGGGGGCCGUGUACAGCUACCACGAGAGGAAGAAGGAUACAGCGGCUUCGGGUUACGGGACGCAGCGGGUUCGUGUGGGCCGCGACGCCAUCAAGGAUUUCGAUUGUUGCUGUUUGUCCCUGCAGCCCUGCAGGGAUCCUGUGGUGACCCCCGAGGGGUUCCUGUACGAGCGCGAGGCCAUCGUCACCUUCCUCCUGCAGCAGAAAAACAAAAUAGCCCGGGAAACCAAGGCCUGGCAGCGGCAGCGGGAGCAGCGGCGCCGGGAGCGGGAGCAGCAGAGGGGGGAGGGGGCGGCCAAAGCCCUGCGGGGGUUCCUGGAGGCCGAGACCCCCCUGGGGAAGGGAGAGACCCCCGGGAACGGCAGCGGCGGCCCCUCCCCCUCCGGGCCCCUCCCGAGCUUCUGGAUCCCCUCCCUGACCCCUGAGGCUGCGGCCGAGCGGCUCCAGAGACCUGCUGCGGCCGAGCGGCUCCAGAGACCCGAGCGCAGUGUCCGGUGCCCGAUGUCCGGCCGGAAGCUCCGCCUGUCCCAGCUGGUCAGUGUCCACUUCACCCCGGCCCAGCCCGGCCUGAGCCCGGGGCAGCUGCUGGCCCGAGAGCCGAGUGACCGCUACGUGUGCGCGCUGACCGGUGACCCCCUGGGCAACGCCACGCCCUGCGCCGUGCUGCGGCCAUCGGGUGCAGUGGUCACUCUGGCCAGCGUGGACAGACUCAUCAGGAAGGACAUGAGGGACCCCCUGAGCGGAGCCGCCCUCACCGACGACGACAUCAUCGUCCUGCAGCGGGGCGGGACCGGCUUUGCUGGGGCCGGGGUCUCCCUGGAAGCCAAAAAAUCCCGGCCAGUGAUGCAGGCCUAGAAGAAAACCCCAAAAUAUCCCAAAAACCCCCAAAAUCCCCCCAAAAUCCCCCCCAAAAUCCCUUUUACCCCCCCCAAAAACCCCUCUGGAACCCCCAAAUCUCAUUUCUUCCCCCAAAAUAAAUUUUUUCCACCCCAAAAUAAACUUCUCUCCUCUUCCUGAACCUCUUAAAAUUUUUGGGAUUCCCCAAAACCUCGGAAAUUUGGGGAAUUUUGGGGAAUUUUGGGGAAUUUUAAGGAUUUUUGGGGCAUUUCCCUUUUAAAUCCCCUCUCGGUGGGGCCCGCGCGUUGCCGCUUUAAGCCACGCCCCCUCCCGCCCCUCAACCAAUCAGCGCUCAGAACGCGAACGUCAUUUAUUGGCAAAAAGGGGGCGUGGCCUCGGCGGGCGACACCCAAUCAGCUUCGGACAAAAAUAAAGGGGGCGGGGCCUCCUAAGCCCCGCCCACAUCUGGUACAAAAUAAAGGGGGGGGCGCCAAACCUGGAGCUGUCAAUCAAACUCCGCCUGGCUCCGCCCCCUUUUUUAAGCCACGCCCCUUAAAGGGGAACCCCCCCCGUUUUUUGGGGAGGGGUCCCCAAAUUUUUUGUGCAAAUCGGGGGGGGGGGAGGGGGGAGGGGAGGGACCCCCCCAAAAUAAGACACUUGGUGGGGGGAGGGGCUCCCCCCAAAAAAUUUUGGGGGUCCCCCCCACCCCCCAUUGAGAGUUUUUGGGACCCCCCCUCGAUUUUUGUUGUUCAAACCCCCCCCAAAUUUGGGGGAAAAUCCUCGAAUUUCAGCAAAAAAUCCCAAAUUUUUGGGGAAAAUUCCCAAGUUUCAGCAAAAAAUCCCAAAUUUUUGGGGAAAAUUCCCAAAUUUCUGCAGAAAAUCCCAAAUUUUUGGGGAAAAUUCCCAAGUUUCAGCAGAAAAUCCCAAAUUUUUGGGGGUGAAAACUCCAAAUUUUGGGGAAAAUCCCCGAAUUUCAGAACAAAAUCCAAAAAUUUUGGGGAAAAUUCCCAAUUUUCAGCUGCAAAUUCCAAAUUUUGAGGAAAAUCCCCAAAUUUCUGCAGAAAAUCCCAAAUAUUUGGGGUGAAAACUCCAAAUUUUGGGGAAAAUCCCCAAAUUUCAGAACAAAAUCCCAAAAUUUUGGGGAAAAUUCCCAAAUUUCUGCUGAAAAUCCCAAAUUUUGGGGGUGAAAACUCAAAAUUUUGGGGAAAAUCGCCGAAUUUCAGCCAAAAAUGCCAAAUUUUGGGGGGAAAAUCCCAAAUUUCUGCAGAAAAUCCCAAAUUUUGGGGGUGAAAACUCCAAAUUUUGGGGAAAAUCCCCAAAUUUCAG